AUGUAUAACCAGGUCGACGUCAGAAAGGAGACGAACUAUGAACUAGCUGUCAAAAUCUCUACUGACAUUCAUAGCGUUGACAAAGAAUUCUUCACCGAUCUCAAUGGAUUCCAGAGGAUCAAACAUAAAACAUUUGACAAGCUGCCCACUCAGGCCAAUGUGUACCCAAUGCCGGCCAUGACAUUCAGCGAGGAUGACAAAACUCGCUUCAGCGUUCUCACUGCACAGUCAUAUAUGUGGAUAUUGGUGACUGGUGAGAUCCAGGUUAUGCUCGACAGGACGUUGAAUCAGGACGACAUGAGAGGUCUAGGUCAGGGUGUCCGAGAUAACACGCUGACCCCAAACAGAUUCAAGUUUAUGUUUGAGUCACGAAGUGCUCCCCCGAUCAAGGACAAAACAAGUGGUUUUCCUUCACUCCAAGCUCACUUGACCUAUCUGCACCUAGUCCAUAACAUUCCGAUUCUACCCCAGAACAGAUCAGUCAGUGUGCCGCCAUUGGUUUCUCAGCAUUCCUUCCUGUCGGGAUCUUUACCGUGUGAUGUGCACGUACUCAAUCUUCGGUCCUUAGAGCAGAGUUAUGAUGGACCAAUCACACGGAGCGAUGACUCAGCACUCCUAUUACACAGACUAGGACUGGGUUGUGGGAUUUCAAGUCAUGGAUUACCUUGUACUGAGACACAGGGGAAGCUGAGUUAUGAUGGACCAAUUACACGGAGUGAUGACUCAGCACUCCUAUUACACAGACUAGGACUGGAUUGUGGGAUUUCAAGCCAUGGAUUACCUUGUACUGAUACACAGGGGAAGUGCUGA